AUGACAGGGAUCAAGACGUUCUACUUGUGCGGUGACUUCCGCGAUGACCGCUUAUUCAUCAUUGAGAUACACACAGGCUUCAGCAGAAAAUCGCGUCUUGGUUCACGACCCGGAAUAUUGCUGCGCAACGGGACCGAUUCCAAGGAUCUCAUCAUCGCAACUGCCGGCGGCGAGUCAGAAUUUGCUGCUAGAGCCUUCGCUGUCAACUCCACCACCAAUAUCUUCCUGCCGCCAUUGGAGCCCCGCGCAAACCUCCAUGACAUGGACACCGAGACUAUGCGCGCCUCAGUAUCAGCGGAAAAGGUGGCGUUUCUGUUUUCCAUUGAGGUUGGUGAGAAGCAGCAACGCGAACGUUUCGAGUGGAGGAAGCUGAAGAAAGGGGAAGGCAAUGAGGCAAAGUCGGGUGGCUUCAGACUCGUGCAGGUCUCCAAAAGACACGGUAGGCCGCAGACGAGCUCCGAGAUUGCUUCUGAGUCUGCCGAUGGGGUACCUUCGUCUUCUCGGGCGGCAGAUGAGAACCACGAGUCUCUUGCGCUGCUAUCGUGGUCCUCGGGCCUGUCCAAGAUGACUCGCCGAUUUCUGCUACGAUUGCAGACCAGUGCCGCGUCCAUGGGGCAUCUUUGUCUUUGA